AUGAUGCAGCAGCAGAUGGCCGGCCUCGUUCAUCAGGCCACCGUGCCUUCCCCUCGGCUGCGCGCCGCCGUCCACGGGAUGGUGAGCUUCAGCUCCGCCGGCGGCGCCCAUGGUGGCCACCACCACAACCGCGUGGUGGUGCGCACCGGCGGCGGCCGCGGCCGGGCGCGUCGCGGCACGGUCGUCACGGCGGCCGCGCGGCCCAAGUACUGCCGGCUCCGGGGUGCGGCUGCCGUCGCCGCCCCCGAGACCGCCAGCAGCGAGCUGCUCGAUCAACGCUUUCGCCCUAGCCACACUACCGCACCCAGCCAGCAGCAGUUUACCACCGUCGUCAGCGGCGUCAGGAAGGACAAGUUUUUCGAGAUCGAGAUGAAGGUGCGCGACGACGAGCUUGACGAGUACGGCGUCGUCAACAACGCCAUCUACGCCAGCUACCUACAUAGCGGUCGUGACGUGGUGCUUGAGAAGCUGGGCAUCAGCGUGGACUACUGGACAUCCACGGGCAACGCCAUGGCUCUUUCUGAGCUCAACCUCAAGUAUUUCGCGCCUUUGAGGAGCGGCGACAGGUUCGUGGUGAAGGUGAAGCCUGUCCAAAUCAAAGGCGUGCGGAUGAUUGUGGAGCACAAGAUCGAGGCCCUGCCCGACCGUAAGCUCGUAUUGGAAGGCAGAGCGACCGUCGUUUGCCUCAACAAAGACUUCCGCCCAACUCGGGUAUUCCCGGAGUUAUCAGCAAGAGCCAAGGAAGUCUUCUCCUGCAAGGUUGCAUAAACGAACAAGAAAGCGAAAUUCUACUCACCGCGCUUUCGCGAUCUCUCUUCUAUGCUGUCAUGGUGGUGUAUAUGGUUCAAUUCGUUUUUUUUUAACCUAAAAUAAUACAGUGUAAAAUGUACGCGAUACGUUUAAAUAAAUAAAUAAAUAAGAGAACUGAGAUGUGUUGUUCAAUCUUCUGUCUCAGCAAUACGAACACUAAUCAGGAUAUAUACAUGGUUCUUAUUUGGAGCUUCUCCUCGAUUAACCUGAUGUUGCGAAAACAGAAAACCUUCUAGUCGAUUAACAUGAUGUUGCGAAACAGAACAGAACGUCCUUUGAUACCUCUCUUCACUUAUUUCUUUGAUAAAGUGAGAAUCUUUUCAUUUUUCAACGCAAAGGUCUAAAGUUCAUGAACACACACAAAAAUAUAUAUGACGAUGAUGUCAACCAACGUGUUAACAGUCUACACUGGCUGCGCCCAUACAGAUUAUCUGUCAUCCAGAGACAACAUAUUUUGUUACAAACUCACUUCAUGAGAUAAUUUGCAUACUUGUUUAUCAGGUCACAGCGAGCAGAAUCUACAUAUCUUGCAUGCAUGACAAAAAAAAAAAUUGAGGUCUACCAAGGUUAAAGUCCAAUUCAACAUUCCAGAGACAUGUGAUGAUGAUGCAAUGAAUCAAUAGCCAAAAAUUAACACGAAGCAUCUGGGAUACCACUCAUACAAGUCUACCUCAGGCUUUUGUUCGGUUGAUAGGGGUCAAAAACCCAAAGGGUCCUAUCCAUCCAGGGAGAA